AUGCUCAUUACUCGUUCCUUAUGCAUUGCUGCUCGCUGUUCAAGUAUUCUACGUAGUAGGAUAGCCCCACCACUAUACAGGAACGUACCUCGCCAUAUUCGACUCUACACGUUGCCAACCACUCCGCGUCUUUUACCCCCAGCAAGUUCGAUGUCAGCAAGAGCAAAUCCUGUUUCAGACGAGGGCCAAGAAAAGAGGGCGAGUGAGAUCAAGGAUGCCAAAUUGAUAUUCAAUCAAGCAUGGAAGAACAUUGAGGAUCACUAUGGCCGUGAGAAUAUUCAUCUGCCUCGCGAGUUUAUAUUUUUGAUGGGAGCACCAGGAUCCGGAAAGGGUACUCAUACACCAUCGAUUUUACGUGCUCGUGGCAUUACCAAUCCACCCAUCUCAGUGUCCCAACUUUUGCAAACACCCGAAUGCAAAGAGCUUAUCAACCAAGGCCAAAUGAUUUCCGAUCGCUAUGUCAUUGAACUCGUGCUCCAUGCCAUGCUAGACUGUGAUCCCACUGUUGGCGUUUUGGUGGAUGGUUUCCCACGUACCGAAAUUCAGGUGGAGGCACUCAAGAUGCUGCAUGACAAAAUGACUGAGUUACGACGUGAAUUUUACAACACGGAUCGACGGGAUCAAUUUCCGCGACCUGUUUUUCGCAUUUGUGUAUUAUACGUCGACGAAGACAUUUCGGUGCAGCGACAACUUGCUCGUGGGCGCAUGAUUCGAGAACACAACCUGGAGGUGAAAAAGACGGGCCAAGGAGUUUUAUGGGAAGAGCGCGUGACCGAUAAUGAUGAGACAGUGAUCCGUAAUCGAUAUGCCUUCUUCAAAAAGAGCUAUGGUUCCCUUCUCAAGUUGUCAAAGAUGUUUCCCUUUCAUCUUAUCAAUGCUACAGGUCCCAUCAAGGAAGUCUUGGAGAUCAUUUUGCGGGAAUUCGAAUAUCAAUCAUCGCUCGAGCUGGAUUCUGACACCUAUGACGCUAUUUCACAUAUACCCCUAGCAACACAGAUCGGCAUUCAUGCUCGUCAGGAUUUGAUCAAUCGAUUAGAACACUAUCAAGAAAUAGAUACCUCGUUAUUACAACAAGCGAUUCGAUUUAUUGAUGACACGAUCAUUCCUCAAGUAGCCCGACACGCCAUUAGUGGACAUGUGAUGAUUCGCACAGAGGAUCCCCAAUUGGACAACAACCAUUUUGUGGACAUUGUGAUGGACGUGUUAUCGGAGCGAGGUUACCAUGUAUCGUACGAUAGCAGGGCACACCAUGAACCUGUGCGCGUGGAUUUGAACACUGGCAAGAUUGAAUUGGCCACUCAUCAAAUCCAUGUGCUGAACAUUGAUUUCCCAAAGCAUUACAUCCGAGCAUUAGAGCAAAAGUUCCAAUAA